GAUUUGAAUGGUGGACUGUUGAGGCCAGCGGAGGGAGAAACGAAAAAGAAAAGGAGAGAAAGUGCAGAGAGAGCAAAGGAGACACAGAAAGGAGUCAGAUUGACUAGAGAGGGAGAAAGGCGCAGAGAGGAGGGAGGAGCGAGAGAGAGAGAGAGAGAUGGGAGGGGAUGAGAGAGAGAAAGAAGGAGUAAUGGCGACGGACUUCUUCUGGUCGUACACCGACGAACCGCACGCUUCUCGCCGGCGUCAGAUCCUCUCUCAGUACCCUCAAAUCAAAGAGCUCUUCGGCCCUGAUCCUUGGGCUUUUUUCAAGAUUACUGUGGUUGUAUCGCUUCAGCUGUCGGCUGCCACUUUACUUUACAAUGCUGGUUGGCUGAAGAUCACGGCAGUGGCAUACUUUUUUGGUUCAUUUCUCAAUCACAACCUUUUCUUGGCCAUUCAUGAGCUCAGCCACAAUCUCGCCUUCUCAACUCCAGUUUACAACCGUUGGCUUGGGAUUUUCGCUAACCUACCCAUUGGUGUACCCAUGUCUGUAACCUUCCAAAAGUAUCACCUUGAGCACCAUCGCUUCCAAGGAGUCGAUGGUAUUGACAUGGAUCUCCCAAGCUACACCGAGGCCAAUCUUGUGACAAAUGUCGUAACAAAAUCCAUUUGGGUCAUAUUGCAGCUCUUCUUUUAUGCUCUGCGGCCAUUAUUUCUCAAGCCAAAACCACCUGGUUUGUGGGAGUUCACCAAUUUGAUCAUCCAACUGGCACUUGAUGCUGCCAUGGUUUACUUCUGGGGCUGGAAGUCUUUUGCUUAUUUGAUCCUUUCUACAUUCGUUGGGGGCGGAAUGCACCCGAUGGCUGGUCACUUCAUCUCAGAGCAUUAUGUCUUCAAGACAGAACAAGAGACAUACUCAUAUUACGGCCCCCUGAAUCUUCUUACAUGGGACGUGGGAUACCACAAUGAGCACCAUGAUUUCCCCAGGAUUCCUGGGUGCAAGCUCUACAAGGUGAAGGAGAUUGCACCGGAGUAUUAUGAGGGUUUAGAUUCAUAUAAAUCUUGGAGCCAGGUUAUUUACAUGUAUAUUAUGGACCGGACAGUUGGGCCUUUUAGCCGGAUGAAGAGAAAGGUAUCAAAGACUGCGAAGAAAUCAGAAUAGAAUAUAGAUGCUCCCAUAUGCUUAUUUUUUCCUUCUUCCUCUUUCAUUUUUCUCUCUGGGUUAUUGUAAAAUUUUGAAUUUUUUUGUCUCCUGUUGCUUGUAAUAUUCUUGAGAGUUCAUUGUUUUCUGUUGUAGUUUUAGACUUAAAAAAGUGAGUGAGCAUUCAUCAAGCAGUCAUUGGCUGAGCAUUCACAGAUGAACUUUUGUAAGAAGUUGAAUAUAUGUGCAUUCUUUGUCCAUCUUGCACCUAUUCAU